AAGUUUUGAAAAAAAAGUCUAAUAAAUAUAAUCAUUUUGCUAUUUGUAAUGCAUGCAAAGAAGCAAAAGAUUAUGAUUAUGCAUAUUCAAAUAAAUUCAUCAAUACAAAGAGACUAGUCAAAACAUAUUUAAAAAAUUGUAUUUAUUUCAAAAAUAUAAAAGGAGAAGAUGAAGCUAAAAGAAUAUUAGAUGACACAGACAUUGAGCAAAAAUAUAAAGGGCCAUUAGAUCUUUAUGUAAUAUAUGAGCUUUUCAAACCAGAACAAUCAAGAUUUGCCCUUUUCAAGUUUCUUAGUCCAAAGAUUACUCUUUCUACUUGUAAGCAAUUAAGUGAAAAAAUUUUAAACAAGGCCAUUACUAAAUUUACAUCAAAAAUUAAAGAAACUGCUAAAAAAGAUAAAUCUGGUCAACUACCAAAAUCAAUUUUACAGGAACUUGAGCUUUAUUGUCAAAAAAAAUCACCAUUUAAUACCACAUUAUCAAGACAAUUUGGUAAUGAUAUAAUUGGAUAUUGGAGUUAUUAUGCAACAUGUGCUAAUGAAUUAGGUUUGGUGCUAGAAAAAUGA